AGCAGGGAUGGCUGCUAUUGUGUUACAACACGAUCACAAAUUAAAUGGACCACAACUCUUCAACCAUUUGGCACGAGCACUUCCUGCCUAUGCCUGGCCACGGUUUCUCAGAGUGCAGACCUCUCUGGAUGUGACUGAGACCUUCAAGCAGAAAAAGAUGCAGCUGGUCCAGGAAGGUUUUAAUGUGGAUAUCAUCAGGGACCCUCUCUUCUACUUAGAUAUCUCUCAGAAGGAUUAUAUCAUUAUGACUGGAUCUGUGUAUCAAGAUAUUGUGUCAGGAAAGAUUAAUUUAUAAGCAUGUUCAGUCAGGAGAAUGAUCCUCUGUAUCAUGGUCACAUUUCUGAGAUCAUUAACAUCCAGUCACAAGUGUUCACCUCACAUUUCAAGUGUAUACGUGACCACAUUCCGUCUGUCUCCUCAGUCUGAUGUCCUGACCUGCUGCAGUUUCACAGGGAACUUAAAGUAUUUUUACACUUCUCAGGGUCCGUAUCAGUUUAUUUGUAACCACUGUUACAACAAUUAGGUGGUAGUUCAGGUUUUGUGUGUGUGUGUGUGUGGGGUUCACAUAGUCUGUGUGCACCCUCCGAGUGGGACCUGACGUGUGUGUCACUUUGUAAACCACUCACUCUCCCACACCAACGUCCACACACGACAAACACUAACCUGUGUGAGAGUGUGUGGAAUACACAGCGACACAAACCUCAGGCUCUCACAAGUGCUGCUGUGAUUUUUAAUGACACUAUUAUAAAGAAAGAUAUUACGA